CGCGCGUCAGGCACGUCGCAACCCCCAACAUCAUAGCAUCGCAGGUCGCCGGGUCUCCCGACCAUGAGAAGAGCGUUGGUUGCCGUUGUCGUCGACCGUCAUCACGGGACGUCGUCUUCGCCAGCGUUUAUAUCGUACGCGUCUACAUCGCCGCCUUGGUCGUAUCGGAAAUAAAAGUCGACGUCGUAAAUCGUUGUUAAGGAUCAGCGCGAGAAAACCGGUGGCACGCGCCGACGGAUCUUUUCCGGUGUGAUCUCGCGACCGCAGAAGAAAAAAAAAAGGAAAGAGAGAAAGACGAGCAGUAUUGGUAAUUUUUCGAGAGGGUCGUACGGAGCGGCGGAGAAAAAGAAGGGGGUGGUGAUUAUACGGCAUGCGGUCUUGAGAGCACGCACAAACAGGUGGCGAGGCGGGAUUUCUCGCGGAAGACUCGGUGGCUGGCGAAAAAGAGGGCAAACGCGGGAAGAGUGGAAGUACGUGCAGAUGCAACGGCACGGCUUCUGAUGAAUCUGCGCGGACCGACGUCUCCAAAACCGAUCGAGAUACGUUCUCGACGCUUAACGUCGAGGCAUUAUUUUCUAUAUUAUUAGAAUCUAAACAAGGUAAUUUGGACAAUCAAUCACCGCUGUGAAGAACGACUGCGGGGAGGCACCUUUUCUGGUAACGACCUGCAAUCAUGCUCAGUCCCAAAAUGCAAAAAGCUGUGAGAGUAAAUGAUUCUCAACUGGUCAUGCUCUCAGAGAAAGCACAUUACGAUCAUUCGCUGUCAGGAUAUUUGUACAAACGGACAGCUGAUUCCACCAAGUGGCAACAACGAUGGUUUGUUCUCUAUCAGAAUCUGUUAUUCUAUUACGAGAACGAGACUUGCUCACGACCCAGUGGCGUCGUUCUGCUGGAAGGCUGUUAUUGCGAUCGACUCAUCACCGCCAAAGGCAAAGAACCAGAUAAACAGCACUGUUUCGCGAUAUCGUACAGGAGGGAGAACCAACGGCAAUACGAGCUAAAAGCGGCCACAGAGACGGACUGCAAAGCGUGGAUCGAUGCGAUACGAGAAGCUAGCUUCAACAAAUUGUUGCUACAAAAAGAGGAGCUCGAGCAGAAGCACCUGCACCUGUUGCAAAUCGUUGAGAGCGAGAAAACGGCCAAGUGGCAGUACACUCAGCAAUGCGAAGAAUUGGCGUCGGAAAUAAAAAAACUCCGAGCAGAGCUGUGUGCUCUGAAAAAAGAGCUAAGGCCUUCCGUAAUACCGAUAUAUGCCAAUCGACCGGCGGUUCAAAGAGCUAUGUCCCAGGGUACCGCAAGUUUGUACAGCACGUUCCAUUCAUACGGUGGUGGUGCUCACAGUUCCGGCGUCUUCGCUCCUGGAUUACGUGAUAUCUCGGAGGGCUCUAUUGAAAUGCAGAAAGUUAAGAAGGUCCAGAGCUUUUUCAGAGGUUGGCUGUGCCGACGACGUUGGAAGCAAAUUGUUGAACAGUACAUUAAGAGCCCGCACGCCGAGAGCAUGCGCAAGCGGAAUAGCCUGGUAUUCCAAAUGGUGGAGGCCGAGGAGGAGUAUACGGAGCAGAUGGAGAUUUUAGUAAGCUGUUUUCUGAGGCCUUUCAAGAUGGCUGCCAGUUCAAAGAAACCCCCAUGUAGUCACGAGGACGUGAAUAGCAUAUUUUUGAAUAGUGAAACCGUGUUGUUUCUCCAUCAAAUCUUCCUGAAGGGUCUCACCUCGCGUAUGGAGAGCUGGCCCACUUUAGUUUUAGGUGACUUGUUCGACAUGCUGCUACCGAUGUUAUCCAUAUAUCAAGAGUACGUGCGAAACCACCACUAUAGCCUUCAAGUGUUGACUGAGUGCAAGCAAUCGUCACCGUUCGUGGCGUUGCUCAAUAGGUUGGAGAACAAGACUGCCUGCCACGGACGAUCCCUGGAGAUCUUUCUAACAUAUCCCAUGCAUCAGAUUCCAAGAUAUAUAAUUACUUUGCACGAGUUAUUGGCACAUACGCCAUAUGAUCAUGUGGAACGUAAGAGCCUUCAGAAUGCCAGGCAACAGCUGGAGGAUCUCUCGAGGCAAAUGCAUGAUGAGGUGAGCGAAACUGAAAAUCUAAGAAAAAAUCUAGCAGUGGAGCGUAUGAUUGUCGAAGGAUGCGAUAUUUUACUGGACGUCAAUCAAGUCUUUGUUAGACAGGGUACACUCAUACAACUCGUAGAUAAACCGCGCGGUGCGCGAAGCAGAUUGAGCGCUACUUUUGGCGGCAAAGCCGCGAGCGACAAGGAGGCUGUUAGACAAUGUUUUCUUUUCUCGAAUCAUCUAUUGCUCACGACGCGACAAUCCGAUGAUGACGGCCGCUUAAAUCUGGUCGCGCAGAUUGGCAAGAUACCUCUAUCUGACGCGGUGCUGAUUGAAGAUCCAAGUGACCAGGGCGCCAUAGAUGAUGAUGGACUGUCAGUAUGUUCGAUGUCAAGCGGCAUCAGUGAAAGUAGCGGAAGUGGUAGCGGCAGUGGAACUUCCCAGUUGCAGAAUCGCGACUUCAAGAUUAUACUUGAUAUAAAAUCCGGUGGACCGCAGGUGACCGUUCAUCUCGUGGCGCCUACCAUGCAAGAAAAAGCAGCAUGGGUUAGUGAUAUUAGUCAGUGUAUGGACAACGUUCAUUUUAACGAUCUGCUUCACGGAUCGUUGUCGGAUACCAGUUCCGUCACGAUGCCACAGUCCAUCCGGAACGACCCGAAGCUGUUCAAGGACGACGUGGACAUCAGAUUCAGUCGCACUUUGAAUUCCUGCAAAAUACCGCAGAUCCGUUCCGCGACACCCGAGCGGCUAUUGCAGCGAUUGACCGACCUCAGAUUUCUCAGUAUCGAUUUUCUCAACACAUUUCUGUUGACAUACCGAGUGUUCACCGAUGGCGUCACAGUACUGGAGGCUCUUAAGAAAGUUUUCUAUGAAGCUGAACCACCGGACGCGCAAAUGACUACCGGAUCUCUCGUAUCCUUAGACGUAUUAGGAACAAAUGCGAACGAAAUACAAUUAUAUUCCGAGGAUCGAAGAAAAAGUAGCUUUUCACCGAGACGAACUAGCGGCGCAAGCUCAGUAUCAGGAUAUGGAUCAGAAGUGAGCGAUACUCGCGAUGCGAAAUCCCAUGGAUCCUUUGAUGCUAAUACCAGCGUGUAUAAUUCGAAAAGUCACUGGCGAUCUGGUUAUAAGAAGCUGGACGAAGAACAACCACUUGGACUCAUCUCGGAGGCUCCAGUCAUAAAACGCAUACCAACGUCGCAAGCGUCCAGUCCGUCUAACUCGUUGCAAUCUCCGGCCAUGCCACGAAAAAUUAGCAUUCGCGUGGAUAACAAUGACGUUGAAAAUGAUGGAUGCCAUCUAACAAUACCGAAAGUAAUAGCCGUGUCGUCCAGUUCCGAAACACUCACAGAUGUUACAGCAAUCAGUGCACCAUCUUCACCAAGCAAUUUGAGUUCUGUGACACUAGUUGGUUCAACGGAAUCUGGAUCCGGAUCCGGAUCUGGAUCAGAUCCAAGUCCUCAAGAGGGAGGUACUUAUUCACGUCGUGUCUCGGAAAUUGAUACACCUGGUACUGCAGAAGAGGAUGCAAAAGUACAAUUUACUUAUGACGACAUACCACAACCAUCGCUAUCAGCCAAGCCUGCCAAGCCGGAUACACCAAAAUCAACAAAAACACCGGAUACUCCGCGGACACCUAAAACACCCGACGUACCUAAAACGCCGAAAACACCUAUCUCCCCUCUAAUAAAAGAAAAUAAAGAUGAGCAAAGUACGUCGACCGACGAUGAAGAGAGUAUAACUUCUCCAAAACCAAACAAUCAAUCAAUACAGCAAAAUCAACAGCAAUAUUCGGAGCAUAGAGCAUCAAUCGCUUCUGCGCCAGCAGCCACCGGACCAAGAAGCGGAUCGGUUUCUACUAUAACUGGCAAUUAUUGGGUAAACAGACGAUCAAUGCAUGAUGAGAUCUCCUCACAACAGAGCAGCUAUCACGAUGCUCAAGUUUCCAGUAAGGCAGGUGUAGUAAUAACCAGCUUUCGACAGAGUCAUCGGAGCAUUGGACCCGAACCAAUAUGGAGCAGCACGUCCACGGCAGCGACCGCAUUCGCCAUCGCAACUUCCGCUUCGAGCAAUCCACCGGACAAAGGACCCGCCACUGACGGUAACAAUCGUGGCCGGGAUAAAAAUAGAAGAAAGGAAUCGGUAAUGUCAACCGCCGCGACGAUGAGAGUGCUGAACGUCUUGAGGCACUGGGUGUCCAAGCACGCCCAGGACUUCGAAAUGGAUCAAAAAUUGAAGAACCUGACCAUAGAGUUUUUGGAAGAUAUCAAUUAUAGUCCCAAUUUGUUACCGGCCGAACACAAGGCGGCUACUCAACUUCUACGAUUAAUUACCAAGGAAGAAACUGAAAGCAACAAAGUCGACCUGAAGAAAUUACUAACUCCGCCCGAAAUUUCGAGUAAGGAGAGUAUCGAGACGCUAUCCGCACUCGAGAUUGCGGAACAGAUGACGUAUCUAGAUCAUCAUAUAUUUGUCUCUAUUGCCAGCGAAGAAUUUCUUGGACAAGCGUGGAUGAAAAUGGAAAAGGCGACUCGCGCACCUCAUAUUCUUCUCAUGACGAAAAGAUUCAACGAAGUGUCGCAGUUAGUUGUUUCGGAAAUUAUUCGUCGCUCUAACAUGUCGGCCAGAGUCGCGGCUAUCGAGAAAUGGUCCGCGGUUGCUGACAUCAAUAGGGUUUUGCAUAAUUACAAUGGCGUGCUACAGAUUUGCGCUGCGUUCACAAACAGUAGCGUAUAUAGGCUGAAGAAAACUUGGGAUAAAGUUUCCAAAACGACAAAGCAAACGAUAGAGAGAUUACAACAUAUCGUCUCAUCCGAUGGACGCUUUAGAAAUUUGCGGGAUGCCUUACAUCGAUGCGAUCCACCUUGUAUCCCUUACCUAGGUCUUUAUCUCACCGACCUCUCGUUUAUCGAAGAAGGUACUCCAAAUGUCACCGAAGGUCUUUUAAAUUUUUCGAAAAUGCGAAUGAUUUCUCACGUAAUCCGCGAGAUACGACAUUUCCAGCAAACUCCCUAUAAGAUCGAAUUGGUCACGAAGGUAACCAACUAUCUACUCGACACAUCGCUCCUGCUGAGCGAGAGGGAUCUGUAUCGUAUGUCCUUGGAACUCGAGCCCAGAACAUCUAGGUUGAGUAGUUCUACCUUAAUCGAUAUACCCCCUUCGGUCAGCCACGUGUCUACAAAAUGA